AUGUCCGCCCUCCUCCGAUGCCGAAUUUAUCCGUUGUCCGCCCCUCCGAUGCCGAAUUUGCCGUUGUCCGCCCUCCGAUGCCGAAUUUAUUCAUUGUCCGCCUCCUCCGAUGCCGAAUUAUCCAUUGUCCGCCCUCCUCCGAUGCCGAAUUUAUCCGUUGUCCGCCCUCCUCCGAUGCCGAAUUUAUCCAUUGUCCGCCCUCCCGAUGCCGAAAUCCGUUGUCCGCCCUCCUCCGAUGCCGAAUUUAUCCGUUGUCCCUCCUCCGAUGCCGAAUUUAUCCGUUGUCCCCUCCUCCGGCCCGUUGGUCCGCCCCCUCCGAUGCCGAAUUUUAUACGUUGUCCGCCCUCCUCCGAUGCCGAAUUUAUCCGUUGUCCGCCCUCCUCCUCCGAUCCCUCCUCCGAUGCCGAAUUUAUCCGUUGUCCGCCCUCCUCCGAUGCCGAAUUUAUCCGUUGUCCGCCCUCCUCCGAUGCCGAAUUUAUACGUUGUCCGCCCUCCUCCGAUGCCGAAUUUAUCCGUUGUCCGCCCUCCUCCGAUGCCGAAUUUAUCCGUUGUCCGCCUCCUCCGAUGCCGAAUUUAUCCGUUGUCCGCCCUCCUCCGAUGCCGAAUUUAUCCGUUUGUCCGCCCUCCUCCGAUGCCGAAUUUAUCCAUUGUCCGCCCUCCUCCGAUGCCGAAUUUAUCGCCCUCCUCCGAUGCCGAAUUUAUCCAUUGUCCGCCCUCCUCCGAUGCCGAAUUUAUCCAUUGUCCGCCCUCCUCCGAUGCCGAAUUUAUCCAUUGUCCGCCCUCCUCCGAUGUUGUCCGCCCUCCGCCGAUGCCGAAUUUAUCCGUUGUCCGCCCUCCUCCGAUGCCGAAAUACGUUGUUUAUACGUUGUCCGCCCUCCUCCGAUGCCGAAUUUAUCCGUUGUCCGCCCUCCUCCGAUGCCGAAUACGUUUAUUUAUCCGUUGUCCGCCCUCCUCCGAUGCCGAAUUUAUCCAUUGUCCGCCCUCCCUCCGAUGCCGAAGAUGCUGAAUUUAUCCAUUGUCCGCCCUCCUCCGAUGCCGAAUUUAUCCGUUGUCCGCCCUCCUCCGAUGCCGAAUUUAUCCGUUGUCCGCCCUCCUCCGAUGCCGAAUUUAUGUUGUCCGCCCUCCUCCGAUGCCGAAUUUAUCCGUUGUCCGCCCUCCUCCGAUGCCGAAUUUAUCCGUUGUCCGCCCUCCUCCGAUGCCGAAUUUAUACGUUGUCCAUUGUCCCUCCUCCGAUGCCGAAUUUAUCCGUUGUCCGCCCUCCUCCGAUGCCGAAUUUAUCCAUUGUCCGCCCUCCUCCGAUGCGAAUUUCCGUUGCCGUCCGCCCUCCUCCGAUGCCGAAUUUAUACGUUGUCCGCCCUCCUCCGAUGCCGAAUUUAUCCAUUGUCCGCCCUCCUCCGAUGCCGAAUUUAUCCAUUGUCCGCCCUCCUCCGAUGCCGAAUUUAUCCAUUGUCCGCCCUCCUCCGAUGCCGAAUUUAUACGUUGUCCGCCCUCCUCCGAUGCCGAAUUCCUAUCCGAAUUUAUCCGUUGUCCGAAUUUGCGCCGUUGUCCGCCCUCCUCCGAUGCCGAAUUUAUCCGUUGUCCGCCCUCCUCCGAUGCCGAAUUUAUCCGUUGUCCGCCCUCCUCCGAUGCCGAAUUUAUCCUUCCGAUGCCGAAUUUAUCCGCCCUCCUCCGAUGCCGAAUUUAUCCAUUGUCCGCCCUCCUCCGAUGCCGAAUUUAUCCGUUGUCCGCCCUCCUCCGAUGCCGAAUUUAUCCGUUGUCCGCCCUCCUCCGAUGCCGAAUUUAUCCAUUGUCCGCCCUCCUCCGAUGCCGAAUUUCGAUGCCGUUGUCCGCCCUCCUCUGAUGCCGAAUUUAUCCAUUGUCCGCCCCUCCUCCGAUGCCGAAUUUAUCCGUUGUCCGCCCUCCUCCGAUGCCGAAUUUAUCCGUUGUCCGCCCUCCUCCGAUGCCGAAUUUAUCCAUUGUCCGCCCUCCUCCGAUGCCGAAUUUUCCGAUCCGUUGUCCGCCCUCCUCCGAUGCCGAAUUUAUCCGUUGUCCGCCCUCCUCCGAUGCCGAAUUAUCCAUUGUCCGCCCUCCUCCGAUGCCGUCCGUUGUCCCCUCCUCCGAUGCCGAAUUUAUCCAUUGUCCGCCCUCCUCCGAUGCCGAAUUUAUAUUGUCCGCCCUCCGAUCCGAUGCCCGUUGUCCGCCCUCCUCCGAUGCCGAAUUUAUCCGUUGUCCGCCCUCCUCCGAUGCCGAAUUUAUACGUUGUCCGCCCUCCGAUGCCGAAUUUAUCCAUUGUCCGUCCGAUGCCGAAUUUAUCUCCUCCGAUGCCGAAUUUAUCCAUUGUCCGCCCUCCUCCGAUGCCUCGUUGUCCGCCCUCCGAUGCCGAAUUUAUCCGUUGUCCGCCUCCUCCUGCCGAAUUUAUGCCGAAUUUCCGAUGCCGAAUUUAUCCAUUGUCCGCCCUCCUCCGAUGCCGAAUUUAUCCGUUGUCCGCCCUCCUCCGAUGCCGAAUUUAUCCAUUGUCCGCCCUCCUCCGAUGCCGAAUUUAUCCAUUGUCCGCCCUCCUCCGAUGCCGAAUUUAUCUCUCCUCCGAUUUAUCCAUUGUCCGCCCUCUCCGAUGCCGAAUUUAUCCAUGUUGUCCGCCCUCCUCCGAUGCCGAAUUUAUCCAUUGUCCGCCCUCCUCCGAUGCCGAAUUUAUCCAUUGUCCGCCCUCCUCCGAUGCCGAAUUUAUCCAUUGUCCCGCCCUCCGAUCCGAAUUUAUACGUUGUCCGCCGAAUUUAUCCGUUGUCCGCCCCUCCUCCGAUGCCGAAUUUAUCCGUUGUCCGCCCUCCUCCGAUGCCGAAUUUAUCCAUUGUCCGCCCUCCUCCGAUGCCGAAUUUAUCCGUUGUCCGCCCUCCUCCGAUGCCGAAUUUAUCCGUUGUCCGCCCUCCUCCGAUGCCGAAUUUAUAUCCGAUGCCGAAUUUUGUCCGCCCUCCUCCGAUGCCGAAUUUAUCCAUUGUCCGCCCUCCUCCGAUGCCGAAUUUAUACGUUGUCCGCCCUCCUCCGAUGCCGAAUUUAUCCAUUGUCCGCCCUCCUCCGAUGCCGAAUUUAAUUUAUCCAUUGUCCGCCCCUCCUCCUCGGAUGCCGAUGCCGAAUUUAUCGUUGUCCGCCCUCCUCCGAUGCCGCGUUGUCCGCCCUCCGAUGCCGAAUUUAUCCAUUGUCCGCCCUCCUCCGAUGCCGAAUUUAUCCGUUGUCCGCCUCCUCCGAUGCCGAAUUUCCUCCAUGCCGAAUUUAUCCGUUGUCCGCCCCUCCGAUGCCGAAUUUAUCCAUUGUCCGCCCUCCUCCGAUGCCGAAUUUAUCGAAUUUAUCCAUUGUCCGCCUCCUCCGAUGCCGAAUUUAUCCAUUGUCCGCCCUCCGAUGCCGAAUUUAUCCGUUGUCCGCCCUCCUCCGAUGCCGAAUUUAUCCGUUGUCCGCCCUCCGAUGCCGAAUUUAUCCAUUGUCCGCCCUCCUCCGAUGCCGAAUUUAUCCAUUGUCCGCCCUCCUCCGAUGCCGAAUUUAUCCGUUGUCCGCCCUCCUCCGAUGCCGAAUUUAUCCGUUGUCCGCCCUCCUCCGAUGCCGAAUUUAUCCGUUGUCCGCCCCGCCCUCCUCCGAUGCCGGUAUCGUUGUCCGCCCUCCUCCGAUGCCGAAUUUAUCCGUUGUCCGCCCUCCUCCGAUGCCGAAUUUAUCCGUUGUCCGCCCUCCUCCGAUGCCGAAUUUAGUCCAUUGUCCGCCCUAUAUGUUGUCCGCCCUCCUCCGAUGCCGAAUUUAUCCGUUGUCCGCCCUCCUCCGAUGCCGAAUUUAUCCAUUGUCCGCCCUCCUCCGAUGCCGAAUUUAUCCGUUGUCCGCCAGUUCCUCCGAUGCUAUGAAUUUAUCCGAAUUGUCCCUCCUCCGAUGCCGAAUUUAUCCGUUGUCCGCCUCCUCCGAUGCCGAAUUUAUCCAUUGUCCGCCCUCCUCCGAUGCGCAGGAGAAUUUAUCCGCGCUUAA